AUGAAAUUUUCUCGAAGUACAACUAUUGCUCGAACGAUAGCCGGUAAGAACAUAUCUGAAUAUGGUCCUGAUUUUUUGUGCGAACCUUCAAAUGUGAUUUACGACCAUAAGGCAAAGAGUUUUAUUAUUUCUGACUAUAAUAAUCGACGAGUAUUGCGAUUGUUUCAAAAACGUGGCGCAUGUCCAGAGGCAAUCAUUAGAGGCAGCGGAUAUUAUGGGUUAGCUAUGGAUGAUGAAGAUUUUCUCUAUGUUUCUGAUACCGAACAGCAUGAAGUUAGACGAUAUCGGUCAGACGGCCGCCAUGGAAAAGUCGUAGCAGGUGGCAAUGGACAGGGUAGCAAUCGCAAUCAACUCAACCAUCCGACAUACAUUUUUGUUGGACCAGAUCAAGCUGUGUAUGUGUCGGAUACUUGGAAUGAUCGCGUAGUAAAAUGGGACAAGGAUGCAACAAGUGGUGUUGUCGUGGCUGGUGGUCAUGGCAAAGGAAAAGAUGGCGCACAAUUGCAUUAUCCUACAGGAUUGGUCAUCGAUCAGUUGGGCACAAUCUAUGUAGCUGACUAUUGGAACCAUCGAGUCAUGCAAUGGUCCAAGGGUGCCUCACACGGAAAAAUGAUUGCGGGCAAUAGAUUCUUUGCAGGACACAAGGCAAAUCAAUUAAAUGGUCCCGAAGGUUUGGCAUUCGACGGAUCUGGUAAUCUUUAUGUAGCUGAUUCAAAUAAUCAUCGAAUCCAACGAUUUCUUAUUCAGACUGUUUGA